CACGUGUAACUUGCAGCAGUUUCUGGUCAGGAAUCAACCAGGAAGUAAAGUAAUACAAAUAACGUUAGACUGACAGGGGAGUUGUUGACAGACUUUUUGUAUGAAUACAUAGUUGUUUCGCAUUUCUUAUAUAUCUCGCCAAGAAUAAACAUUUGUUAAACAUGGCCUCUUUAUUUAAAAAGAAGACGGUUGAGGAUGUCAUAAAGGAACAGAACAAGGAGCUGAAGGGGACCCAGAGACAGAUUGCCAGAGAUCGAACUUCCCUGGAGAAGCAGGAAAAGCAGAUUGAGCUGGAAAUCAAGAAAAUGGCCAAGUCAGGGAACAAGGACGCCUGCAAGAUUCUGGCCAAGCAGCUGGUCCAGCUGAGGAAACAGAAGAACCGCACGUACGCCGUGAGCUCAAAGGUCACCUCCAUGUCCACGCAGACCAAGGUCAUGAACUCCCAGAUGAAAAUGGCGGGCGCCAUGGCCACCACGACCAAAACUAUGCAGGCAGUGAAUAAGAAAAUGGACCCCCAGAAGACCCUGCAGACCAUGCAGAACUUCCAGAAGGAGAACAUGAAGAUGGGCAUGACAGAGGAAAUGAUCAACGACACCUUGGACGAGCUCUUCGAUGAGUCUGGCGACGAGGAGGAAUCCGAGGGCAUCGUGAACCAGGUUCUGGACGAGAUCGGCAUCGAGAUCUCUGGAAAGAUGGUGGGCGCUCCCUCGGCUGGCAGGAGCCUUCCAAGUGCCUCCGCCUCCAAAGCGGCUGGCAUUUCGGACGAGGAGAUCGAGAGGCAGCUGAAGGCUCUGGGGGUGGACUGAGGCCCCCCCCCUCCCCCUCCUCUCCGCACCGUCUACCUGGACACCGGGGAUUGUGGGAGAUCUAAGUGCGCCUUCCACAAACCGAUGCAGCCUCUCCUUUUCUUUCCAUUGGGUAUAUGUUUUGGUUAGCCGUUGGCUUGGGAGAGGGAUGAUUAUUGUACAGUACUGUAUGAAAAAAUAUGCAUUUUUCCCCCCACGUACCUGACUUAGAGCCAGCCCUUUUUGGCUUGUGUGUGUGUGUGUGUUGUUUCUGGGAUGUACCAGGGACACUGGAAGUGGGACAAUAAUCUGACAAUAGGGAAGGGUGGGUGGCACACAGCUAGCGGUAGUUGCUUUGUGCUACAUGAACGCAGAACCAGCACUGGGGAACACUUGGCCUUUGUAAUGAUUGAAAUGGCAAAGCACCAAAGCAAGGCUUGUCCUGUUGCACCAACUCCAUAGUUUGGCAGUACUGAGGAAUUCUUUUGUGCAUGGUAUAUAGGAAAAUAAGGAAAUCAAGCUCACACAAGAAAUCAAGGCCAUAAUGGUGAGAAUGUGAUAAUUCAAUAAUUGUGUUUCAUAAUACAAUAAUUUCUUUCCGGCAAUGUUGGCAUUGUAACACACAAAUGAGCCUUUUCUGAACACACAGGUUUACUCUCAACAUGGUGUGUUAGUGAAAGGGUUUGUCUGUUAAGUUAAUGCACUGGCAUGAAAUUCAGCUGAAACUGACCUCCUACUGAAGUGAAUGCAUGUACGUUCAUGCUCGGGAUAUUAAAGGAACACUAGUGCAACAGUGGUGUGAAGCUCGCAUAUUUUUUGGGGUACAAUGAAUACAGGAUGCCAAUAUAUACUGCACCGUGAUUAUAUUCAUUGCGGUAUGUACAGAUAAGUCUUGAGUUUGCAUUUUAGGUGGUUUGUAAACAACUGGACCUUUUCCAAAUAAAUAAAUAUUUAUUUGCUAUAAGGACA